AUGACACUGAUAGGUAAUUUGUUCAUCGUCAUACUGUCAUACCUGGAUUCCCGUCUCCACACUCCCAUGUACUUCUUCCUCUCAAACAUCUCUUUUCUGGAUCUCUGCUACACCACCAGCUCCAUCCCCCAAUUGCUGGUUAACCUCCUGCUGGUGGUGAUGUCCUAUGACCAUUACGCACCUGUGUGUAAACCCCUGCAUUAUGCUGUCCUCAUGCACCCUCGACUCUGCCAAUCCUUAGCUGUGGCUUCCUCGGUAAGUGGCUUUAUUAACUCAGUACUCCAUUCCCUCAUUACCUUCUGGGUACCCCUGUGUGGACAUCACCAAGUGGAUCACUUCUUCUGUGAAGUUCCAGCACUCCUGAAACUGUCAUGUGUUGAUACUCAUGCUAAUGAGCUGACUCUCAUGUUCACAAGCUCUAUUUUUGUUCUCACACCUCUUGUCCUCAUUCUAACAUCCUAUGGUGCCAUUGCUCAGGCUGUUCUGAGGAUGCAGUCAAAUACUGGACGUCAGAAAAUCUUUGGGACGUGUGGAGCCCAUCUUAUGGUUGUUUUCCUCUUUUUCAUUCCAGUUUUCUGCAUUUAUCUUCAACCACCAACAGAAAAUUCUCAAGAUCAAGGGAAGUUUAUUUCCCUGUUUUUACUGUUGUCACACCUAGCCUCAACCCUCUCAUCUAUACCCUCAGAAACAAAGACAUAA